UAUGAAUAUUAUUGUUGUAAAAAAUGAAGCGGCUGUCAUUGAGAGGUUAAAGAAAGAAAUCGAAGAUAGAGCUGAGGAGGCUGUCAAAACAAGAGGUGUAUUUCGAGUGGGACUUUCGGGUGGUUCAUUGGUCAACUACUUAAGCACUGCCAUACAAUCGAUGAAAGUCGAUUUGAGUAAAUGGCAAUUGUUCUUUUGUGAUGAACGUUUUGUUGCGGAAAAUGAUAACGACUCCACCUAUGGGGUUUACAAAUCGACACUGAUACCCAAAACUUCCCUUAAAGAAGAACAAUUUAUAUGGAUUAAUUUGAAUGGUACAGUGGAAGAAUGUGCUCAGGACUAUGAAAAGAAAAUUCUUCAAGAAUUUGAUAUGGAAGCAUCUGUAGUACCUCGCUUUGAUCUGUUGCUAUUGGGUAUGGGUCCCGAUGGUCAUACAUGUUCGUUGUUUCCGGGGCACAAAUUAUUGGAGGAAAAUCAUAAACUAAUUGCAGCCAUUGAAGAUUCACCAAAACCACCACCUAAACGUGUAACUAUGACAUUACCACUUAUCAACAAUGCUUCGUGUUGCCUUUUUGCAAUGUGUGGCGAAGGAAAGGCGGAGAUGGUGAAGAGAGUUUUUGUUGACAAGGAACCUUUACCAGCGGGUCUGGUACAACCUACCAAUGGUGAUCUCAUUUGCAUUUUAGACGAAGCCGCCGGAAAAUAUGUAAAAUAGAUUUUAUUGUCAAAUAUCAAAUUU